AGGCGACCAAGAACUUGCCCUCACAGAGGUUGGAAAGUGCUACAAGGUGGCGUCCCAACUCAGAAUAGGGGAACCAGACUCGUUCGUCCGACAGGCACUGACAUUCUGGAAAAACCAGAAUAAGAAUCUGGAGCGGCGCAGGCGUGGCUUGGCCACCUCAAGGCGACUGGCAAAGAAGGACCGCUUGCGACACGAGGAAGAAGGCCCCUGUGCCAGCCGCUGUCUUCAUAGGUUCCAGGGUUCCCCCGCUUGCUGUCCGGCCACCCGGAGCGUCUCUUCCCCCGGGGGCCGGGACCUGCGCCCUCAUGGCCGAGGUGAAGGUGAAGGUGCAGCCGCCCGACGCGGAUCCGGUCGAAAUCGAAAACAGGAUUAUAGAAUUAUGUCACCAGUUCCCUCAUGGAAUCACAGACCAAGUAAUUCAGAAUGAAAUGCCGCAUAUAGAAGCCCAGCAGCGGGCAGUGACCAUCAAUAGACUGUUGUCUAUGGGUCAGCUGGAUCUCUUAAGGAGUAAUACAGGCCUCCUGUAUAGAAUAAAGGAGUCUCAGAAUGCUGGCCCUGUCUCAUUCUUUUUAAGUAAAAUGAAAGGAUCAGAUAACCAGGAAAAACUAGUAUAUCAAAUCAUAGAGGAUGCAGGAAAUAAAGGAAUAUGGAGCAGAGAUAUCCGAUACAAAAGCAACUUGCCAUUAACAGAAAUUAACAAAAUUCUAAAGAAUUUGGAAAGUAAAAAGCUAAUUAAAGCUGUUAAGUCUGUGGCAGCCUCAAAAAAGAAGGUGUACAUGCUCUAUAACCUGCAGCCAGACCGCUCUGUGACCGGUGGAGCCUGGUACAGUGACCAGGAUUUUGAAUCUGAAUUUGUAGAGGUGCUUAACCAACAGUGUUUUAAAUUCCUCCAAACCAAGGCAGAAACAGCACGAGAAAGCAAACAGAAUCCAAUGAUACAAAGAAAUAGUUCAUUUGCUUCAUCACAUGAAGUGUGGAAGUAUAUCUGUGAAUUGGGGAUCAGUAAGGUAGAGUUGUCCAUGGAGGACAUUGAGACCAUCUUGAAUACACUCAUUUAUGAUGGGAAAGUGGAGAUGACUAUCAUCGCUGCAAAAGAAGGCACCGUAGGCAGUGUGGACGGACACAUGAAACUGUACAGGGCAGUCAAUCCAAUCAUCCCGCCCACGGGAUUGGUCCGGGCCCCCUGCGGACUCUGCCCGGUUUUUGACGACUGCCAUGAAGGUGGUGAGAUUUCACCAUCUAACUGUAUUUACAUGACAGAGUGGCUCGAAUUUUAAUAGAGAGCUAUGAACUUUACUGACAUUUUGCAAAUGAAGUUACUUUGGGAACAAAUAAUUUGAUUUAUGAUGGAACAUCAAAUUCCCUUGAAAACAAACUUCAAGAUACAAACUUGCUGCUAUGAAAAAAAAUUUUUUAAUCUAUGAAGACUAAAUUUACAUUGGUAGAGUAGGCAACAGGAUAUGAAACAGGUAAGGUUAGUAGUGAAAUCCAUUCUUCCACAAGUAAAAUACUUUGAACUCCUGGAAGACCACCUUCUGAAGCUUUCAAGACUUUUGAUGAUUCACGGGAAAAGAAACAAAUAUGUUCAUAUUCACCAAGUACUGUGAUAACGGCCAGAGCUUUAAAAUGCCUGUUUUAAAGUUACUUAUUAAGGUCUUCAUUGGGAAUUUUUUAUAUAUGACCCAGUGUCACCAUUUCUGUUUUGUUUUCUCAGUGGUUUCAUUGAGAAGAAAUGAAAAGCGGUGAAGGCAGGAAUAGCAGGGGAGAACGCAGACUUGGGGCAUGAGUGGGGGACACAGUGGAACAUCCCUUUUCUACACACUAUUGAUGCCUUUUUAUGUCUGAAAUAUUCUUUCAGAGGAUUAUGCCUCUGUACUUACCCCAAACCCAAAUGAUGCUGUUGUCAAGGAUGUCUUUUUAGUGCGUAAAUAUUAAUUACUCUCAUCCUAAAUGGAGUAUUUUCACUGGUUCUUCUUUGUUAAAGUCGUACAAGUUUCACUCUGUGGCUCAAUUGUAUUAUUUGCUAGAAUUUUCCCCUAGAUUCUUAUUUAACUAAAAUUAAAACUAAAAAGAAUC